AUGAUUAAAUCAAAAAAAACCGUCAAUCAUGCUAGCGAACGUUUCCUCUUUGCUCAAAUCGUGGCCAACAAUUUGCCAUUCACUUAUUGUUAUCUGCUUGCUCCAUUCCUUUUCAUCACCAUUAUGCCAUGGGCUCCGAUGUUUUCCGAUUUCAUCUAUUACUUUGGAAAUCUGCUUUUGUACACUGGGAGUCACCUCUAUCAGGCAAUCGUCACCAUUUAUCUACUGCGCAAAGACGAACGAAAAAACAUAAUUCGAAACUCAUCAGCGGUAAGA